GCGUAGGUGUCUCUGGCAUGUUGACAGACGCCUCUUGAUGCUGUCCUACCCAGCUGGAUCCGGGACUCCAGCUUUCACAGGCCUGCUUGGGUGUGAGGUGUUCCUUCUCACCUAUCAUAUCGGGCACUGCUGGGGGCUAGGGGGUUGGUCUAAAGACGUAGGACUCUGGAUCAGCCUGAGUAGCUGAUGCUUUCCUCUGUGAUGGGCAGGUGUUGGGGAAGCUGCAGGAGAUGUUAGCAGGCUAGGGCUGGUCUCCUGAUUCAUCAUCCUGUUUCCCUGAUGGGCUGCAACGCAAGGCAACUUAUUCUGGGCCAUCUAGUUUCAGAGGUGGAGAGGGGUGAGGCUGGCCGUGGGUAUGAUUGUCCUCACUGUAGUGCUGAGAUUCUUCUCGGGGGCUGCCAGUAAGUGGAACUGGUUUGGCAUAUGCCCUGUCUCUCGGGGCUCUGGAAUGGGAGUCAGGUCUGGAAUCCACUCCAUGGAAGGGGCGGUUCCCAUUGUAGUCCAGCCUCUUCCUGGUCUAGGGCUUCAAAUACCUGUGGGUGCUUUGGAAUCAGAGCUACUGUAUCCAAGACUGCAGUUCAUCUUGGGCCACAUGAGGCCCUUAAUCUGGACUGAAUCUCUCUGACUCAGGACCCUUGAGUUUUUGCUACCACCUUACUCACAACCCAGGUAAGUCUAGGGGCUGGGCUGGAGGCUGGGUGGGAACAGAAUCCUCCCAUCCUUGGGAUGAGAGGUCAUCAUGUGCCCCCCCUUCCCAGCCCACAUACAUACACACUGAAGAAACAUGGAGAAUGCAGGGAUGCAGAGCAAUAUGGGUGCCAGCCUAGCUGGUUACAGCUGGGCUACAUACAGCCUGGUAUGGGCUGGUGUUACUCUGGGACAUUCCUGUCUCCAGGUGUUCUGCUUUGCCAUGGGUUGGCCCUGGGUCUUGCUGACAGCACUUUGGGCACUGGGGGCCAUGGGGGCCACAGCGUUGCGUAUUGGAGCCUUCAACAUUCAGAGCUUUGGUGACAGCAAAGUGUCAGAUCCAGACUGCGGCAGUGUCAUAGCACAGAUCCUGGCUGGCUAUGACAUCGCCCUGGUACAGGAGGUACGAGACCCAGACCUGAGUGCAGUGUCCUUGCUCAUGGAGCAAAUUAACAGAGUGUCCAAGCACAAGUACGAUUUUGUGAGCAGCAAGCCACUUGGACGUGACCAAUACAAGGAGAUGUAUCUGUUUGUCUACAGGAAAGAUGCAGUGUCGGUUGUGAGCACAUACCAGUACCCAGACCCAGAGGAUGCCUUCAGCCGGGAACCUUUCGUGGUCAAAUUUUCAGCUCCUAGCUCUGGUGAGUUGAUGCUGCCCUCUCCCCGACCUACCUCUGCCAGACUGUCCUUGAAUCUCAUACUCCCACAUUCCACAGCCGCCAGGGAGCUCGUGCUGAUCCCCCUGCAUGCAGCCCCGCACCAGGCAGUGGCAGAGAUAGAUGCCCUCUACGAUGUGUACCUCGAUGUGAUUGACAAGUGGAACACCGAUGACAUGCUGUUUCUGGGCGACUUUAAUGCCGACUGCAAGUACGUAAAGGCCCACGACUGGGUAUCAAUCCGCCUGCGCAGCAGUGAGGUGUUUAAGUGGCUCAUCCCUGACAGUGCGGACACCACAGUGGGCAACUCCGACUGUGCCUAUGACCGGAUCGUAGUGAGUGGCGCCCACCUGCGCAGGAGCCUGAAGCCCCAGUCGGCCACUGUUCACAACUUUCAGGAGGAAUUUGGCCUAGAUCAGACGCAGGCUCUUGCCAUCAGUGACCAUUUUCCUGUGGAAGUGACCUUCAAGUCUCACUGACAGCUAAGGCCUGGCCAGGAUACACCACGUGCAGACUCUAUCCAUAAGGAAUGGCAUCAUAAUGGAUUACUGGGUGGCGGGCCACCCACCCAUUAAAAAUACAGGGCAGGGCCAGCUGGUGUGGACAGUCGCUAUGGGCAUAUGACAGGAUUACUGGAAGCCUGUUUCCUGUCUGUAAGGAGUGCUAACAUCACCUAUCUCAUGGGGCUGCUGUGGAGAACCCAUGGAAAGUACCAGAACAGCAAGCACUAUCUGCAUGCUUAGUAAACAAGCCGCUCUUGGCCAGGAUUACCCACACGUUGGAUGAGGCCUCUAUGCCUUCUGAGACCUGGGUUCCUAGGCUGUAAAACUUGGUCUUAAUGACCAGUAGAUCUGUUUCCACUGCUCUCAAGGAAAUGGAUGGCUUAGCUUGCCCACUUCCCAGCCUGGUGGAAACCAGCCACUUCUAGGCCAUGCCAGUUCCCUGUUCUUAUUUCCUUUGUACAAACUUCAAACGCUUCCCAUGCUCAUUCUGCCCUUCAGGGAUCCUGACACACUCUUCUGAAGUAGAGGCUGGGUUCUUACCUUGCUCUGCAGGAGCAAGGGAAGCUGCACCCACCCAGUGUGUGAGCUGUUCUGGGACUUUCUGGGGAGGAACCCCACACAGCAAAACAAAGGCACCUGCUUGGCACUCAAGUCCUGCCCAGAGCCCACGCCUGUGCCUGGGUUGAGCCCUUCAAAGGAGUCUUAUGUAGCUUCUUCCCUGAAGUCCUGGGCAAGGCCCUGAGGAUGGAGGUUUAUGCUCGGGUGGGCCCUCACUUUAGGAGCAGGAAAUUGCUCUGUGGACACAAGGCUCUCACGAGGUUUCUGGUUGUUAAAACUUCUCAUCUUUGUGUGUGUGUAUUUAUUUUUGUGUGUGUCUAUGGAGGUCAAUAAAAUAUCUUUAGUGGCA